AUGUCGGACGAUCUUCGCUCUUCCAACCUCACUUUUCAGAUCCUGUCGAAGGCCCAGCGCGAAGGGUAUGGCGUCCUCGCUCAAUCUUGCUACGACGCGCAGUCCGCUAUAGCACUGGUACGCGCGGCAGAACGUAACAGGAGUCCCGCGAUCUUGCAGCUCUUCCCUGUAACGCUUGCCUAUGGGAAGGGCCCCUUCCUUCAGUUUUGCCUCAACGUCGCUCAUCAGGCAUCCGUGCCUAUCGCGGUGCAUCUUGAUCAUGCGACAGAUCCCGAGCACAUCGAGCUCGCACUCAGCCUUGCUGAGCAGGGGAUUGCGUUCGAUAGUAUCAUGGUCGAUGCUAGCCACGCAGAGACCGACGAGGAGAACAUCGAACUGGCGCGCCCGCACGUAGAGCGGGCACGUAAAGCAGGUGUUCUAGUUGAGGUCGAACUCGGGCGCCUUGAAGGUGGCGAGGCCGGCCUUCGUGUCAUAUCCGACGCGAAGCUCACUAACCCGGAUAAGGCGGAGACCUUCAUGAGAGAAACCGGUGCUCUCAUUCUCAGCCCAAGCAUUGGUAAUUUGCAUGGUCUGUACCUGAACCCCCCGAACUUCCGCCAAGACAUUCUGAAGAACUUGCGCGCGCGCUUCGGUGGUGAGAUACCGCUGUGUCUGCAUGGAACCGACCAGCUUCCAGAUGACCUCUUUCGGGAGUGUAUCCAGAACGGCAUCAGCAAGAUCAACGUCAAUAGCUGGGCGCGCGAUCCAUACGUCAAAAGCCUCGCUGGUGGACUCCAGGAUGGCAAACCCUUCCCGGAUGCCAUUGAAGACGCGACGGAGGUUUUUGCGGGUGUAUGCGACCGGUUCUUCAAGUUAUUCGGCUCGGCGGGCAAGGCUUAA